AAUAAAUUACAAUGCCCCAAACGAAGAUAAAUAAAAGGAAAAGGGAUUUCGGCUUCAUAUUGAUACAUUAAUUUCUUCGUUUUUUUCAAAGCCUUCAUUUCUCCAGCUCGUCCAUCUCUUCCUCAUUUUUUCUUCCUUCCAUCCCUGAUUUUCUCCCUCUUUCUCCAUCCGUCGUCGUUCCAGAGAUUUUCCCGCUAACCGAGCGGGGGAUAUGAUCUCUUGACGUUUUUCCGAUUGGUCGAUCUGUACUGUUUUUCCGACCAGAUUCUAUUAGAUUUUGUAGGAUCAUUCCGUGGCUUGUUCGAAUCGGAGUCUGAUCCUCGUCAGUAAUCAUGUUUCUUCUCGAUUGGUUCUAUGGCGUCCUUGCAUCGCUCGGCCUUUGGCAGAAAGAGGCCAAGAUCUUGUUUCUAGGGCUCGAUAAUGCCGGAAAGACGACGCUGCUUCACAUGCUGAAAGAUGAGAGAUUGGUUCAACAUCAGCCUACACAGUAUCCGACAUCAGAGGAAUUAAGUAUUGGAAAAAUCAAGUUUAAGGCAUUCGAUUUGGGAGGGCAUCAGAUCGCUCGCAGAGUCUGGAAAGAUUACUAUGCAAAGGUUGAUGCUGUGGUGUACUUGGUGGAUGCCUAUGACAAAGAAAGAUUUGCAGAGUCAAAGAAAGAGCUAGAUGCUCUCCUCUCAGAUGAGGCACUGGCCAAUGUUCCUUUCCUUGUACUGGGCAACAAGAUUGAUAUACCGUAUGCAGCUUCAGAGGAUGAGUUGCGCUACCACCUGGGCCUGACAAACUUCACCACAGGUAAGGGCAAAGUGAACCUUGCAGAUUCAAACGUGCGUCCUCUAGAGGUCUUCAUGUGUAGCAUUGUCCGCAAGAUGGGGUAUGGUGAUGGAUUCAAGUGGCUUUCUCAAUACAUUAAAUAGGGAAGGAAUCCAGGUAGAUAAUUCAAGCUCUACCCAGAUGGUAUUUUCGCGUCACUCUGCUACAGUUUCUUACUGGACCUAAAAUUCUCAUGCACGUGUUGUCCAUUUGGAUUGCUGUUAAAGGAGGUAUUUAAUCAUCACUACUAUGUAAAGUGAAUGUGUAAUAGCAAAUUUUAGCUUGGUUUGGUAGCUUCUUCGUUUCUGUUAUAAGACAUUUUUUGCUUCCAUUUUCACCGUUUUUUGUUCUUUUUGGGGGCAAGGGGUGGGGUAGAAGAAAUGUGUCAUUUCCUAAAUUUGUUGGGAAAUCAGGAUUCGCAGAAAUCAAUAAUGGGGUUAGAAGUGUAGUGACUGGUAUUUACCCCAAGAUAUUUGACUGUCCCCCAUUUUCUUUUGUGAAUCUUCAAUGGAUUUUGCUGUGCAUGUAAAUGCUUCCUUGACUUGA